AUGUCGUCUUCAGAACCCUCCUCGGCUAGCCCGUCACCGACUUUGGAAGGCACGAGAUUCCCACAACUCUCACCGCCCGCAUAUGCCCUUCCUCAACCCGCUGCUCCACGCGCACGUACAAGGUCUUCAAGACCAUCGAUUGCGCCGAUUCCAGAGGACGAUUCGCUGGAGGAAUUUGAGGCUCCGUCGCCAAGCGAGGAACGCAAGCUGUACACAAUCAACCAUGAAAUCAAGACGACGUUGACAGAUCUGCUCAACUGCGACGCUGUGAGGAACGAUACCAAGAUGCGAUUGUGGAUUCAAACGAGGUUGAUGGAUGCUGAGAGGGAGCUCAAGCGACAGAGGAGAUGUCGUCAACGCAUGGCGUCGUUGCCGACGCCGACGAUUGUUUUGACACCAUCUGACGUUGAUGACGAUCGACGUGGGAGUGUUUGA